AUGUUCUUGGAGGAAGACAUCGACGCACCCACUCUUCCCCUUGAUUUUUUCAGCCUUCCCGCCACGACGUACGGGGUACAGGCCUUCUUCUCCACGGUUUCGGUUUGCCUGUUCGUGGGGUGCAUCGUCUCACUCGCUUCUACGGCGAUGAUGGACCCUGGGAUCAUUCCUCGACGAACGCUGGCGUUGUGGAACUCAUUGGACCCGGCCUCUCCUGGCAUUGCCGAGCGAAAGUUCUGUGGCUCGUGUCAGCUCGCGCGUCCCCCGAGGGCCAAGUACUGCAAGGGCAGCCAAUUCGUCCCCCACCUGUUGGCUCUAUGGACAGCUGUGGUUAUGAUCCUCGUGGGGGGGUUGCUAUGUUUCCACGUCUUCCUUGUGACGAAGAGCCAAACAACCAACUUGUAUCUCAGACGCGAGGCGCCAAGCGGCAGUCGCUUGGGUCGACCCUUCUUGGCUAGCUGCCACGAAUUAUGGAGCGGGGCACGGCCACUGAGGUGA